CGCAAACACUACUACUACAUCAACUACCAUGGUUUUCGCUCGAUCUGCUAGAAUGUUUUCUCGAGGCCGCAUGCCUGCCCUCACCGUGGGUGCCUUUGCAGCUACAGGUAUGGUCUACAUGGCUGUGAAACCUGAGCCCAAGAAAGUGCAUGCCGAACAAAAGUUGUCGUUCUGGGAGAACCUUCCUGGCGAGAACAUGCCUGUCAACCCUGGCUUUGCCAAGUUACGAGGCAUGGCUGCAGAGCAGCGCUUCCGCACAUCUCUCUCUGAGAACAAUGGAAAGACUGACUUUGAUGUCGUUAUUGUGGGAGGUGGUAUCAUUGGUCUGGCUACCGCACGCGAAUUAUUGAAACGUUUCCCCAACAUGACCGUGGCCGUGCUUGAAAAGGAGCGUGAGGUUGCUGCUCAUCAGACUGGCCAUAACAGCGGUGUCAUUCACGCCGGUAUCUAUUACAAGCCCGGUUCGCGCAUGGCAUACACCUGCGUGCGUGGUGCCGACUUGAUGUACGAGUACUGCAAGCAGAACCAAUUGCCUGUCGAACGCUGUGGCAAGUUGAUUGUCGCCGUGGACGAAAAGGAACACAAGCAGGUUGAGCGACUCUAUGAGAUUGCCUCCUUGAACGGUGUCAAGGAUUUGCAGGUGCUCAACAGUGACGAGAUUCGUAAACUUGAGCCUAAUGUCGUUGCUCACUCCGCCUUGUACUCGCCCAAUACUGGCAUUACCGACUACGGUCUGGUCGCCCAGUGCAUCGCCAAUGAGAUUGUCCAAUCUGGCCGCGCGGAAAUCAAGCUCGCCUUCGAAGCAAGCAAGUUUGAGAAGAGACCUGAUGGAAGAAUCGAGAUCUGGGGCGCUGAACCCAACCAACGUGGUCCCACGCUCAAGGUGUCUGCCAAAAACGUCAUUACCUGCGCUGGCUUCUAUUCCGACCGCGUUGCUGGCUUGGCUGGUGGUGAUUCAUCCAAGGCCAAGGUCGUUACCUUCCGUGGUACCUACUAUCAGCUCAAGCCCGAGUACCGAGGCAUCUGCCGUAUGAACGUCUACCCUGUUCCCAGCGGUGGUGGCAUCCCUGUCGGUGUUCACUUUACGCCAACCGUCAACACUCGUCGUGGCAUUCAAAUGAUCGUUGGUCCCGGCGCCUGUCUUACUUUUGCUCGCGAAGGCUAUACCUUCAGCAACUUUAAGAUGAAGGACCUGUUCGACUCACUCACCAACAUGAACCUGUGGGCCUUCGCACUCAAGAACCCUUCAUUGUCGAUCGGUGAAUUGUACAAGGAUAUGAACAAGCGUGUCUUCUUGCGUGCUGCUCAGGCAUACGUCCCUGGCUUGACGGAAGAUAUGGUAGAGGAAAGUUUUGCUGGCGUCAUGUCGCAGGUGUUCGAGAAUGGUGGCAUUGCUGCCAACGACUAUAUCUUGGAACGCAAGGUCAUGGAUGGCAAGGUGCUCUGUGUCCGCAACGCUCCUACGCCCGCAUGCACAGCUUCGUUGGCAAUUGCAGAAAUGUUGGCAGACACUGCUACUGAGGACUUUGAAUGGAACAAGGAGGAGAAGAGCGAAGGCAGCGGUGCGGCCACCACCCAAACACAACAGCAGCUUGCAGUUGCAGCAUAAUUCCGCUACAUCCUUCGAUCCUUCCAUCCACCACAUCCUCAUCUUCUUUCUGACCUUCGUCAACCCCCCCCCCCCUCUUCUUUUGUUUAUUUUUCUCCAAAAAACUUACCUUAGCCCUGUAAUCUUCCAUCUUUCACUAUUCCGACCACAUACAAACAGCAACCGAUCACUUACUAUUACAUUGAACAAAUCCUCUCUCUCCCUAUCUCCAUUCUUUUUUCUUUCACCAUAAGCUCUUUUAUUUUCUGAAGUAUGUAUUUCAUUCACUUCAAAAAAAAGAACCUACAUUUCUCAACCAAAUAAAU